AACCACCACCAGGAUACAGUGAGGUGAUGGCGUGAGUCUUACACCUCCCAGGAUAACAACAACCACCACCAGGAUACAGUGAGGUGAUGGCGUGAGUCUUACACCUCCCAGGAUAACAACAACCACCACCAGGAUACAGUGAGGUGAUGGCGUGAGUCUUACACCUCCCAGGAGAACAACAACCACCACCAGGAUACAGUGAGGUGAUGGCGUGAGUCUUACACCUCCCAGGAGAACAACAACCACCACCAGGAUACAGCCUGUGGUGAUGGCGUGAGUCUUACACCUCCCAGGAUAACAACAACCACCACCAGGAUACAGUGAGGUGAUGGCGUGAGUCUUACACCUCCCAGGAUAACAACAACCACCACCAGGAUACAGUGAGGUGAUGGCGUGAGUCUUACAUCUCCCAGGAUAACAACAACCACCACCAGGAUACAAGAGUAAGCUGGACGGCUACAUUAUGAUAAACCCUUUAUUGAGUGUGCAGUAGUGCAAGAGAUGGAGGAAGAGUGAGCGUCACAACAACAUAUUGCAGUUGUUAUGGUAUUGCUGCACUUUACUUUACAAAGAAAAAACAGUGAAUUGAAAUCUGAGAUGAGGCCUGAUGCCUUUAUCCACAACCAUCAUCACAGUGCAUGAAAAAAUUAUUCCAGUACAGUAUUGGCAUUUGUGUGUUGAAGGGUAGCUUUGUGGAUGAGAUGAAGAACAAGUUAGUCGCAGAAAAAAUUUAAAUUUCAAAAUGUACUGAAGUUGUAAUACUCAGCUUACAAAUUUGAGAACCUUUUUAUAGAAAAUGGAAAACAAAGGAUGUGAAAAGUCAAAGCCCUCUGUGACCUUAGAGCUCAGGAGCUUGAAGUAUGUGAAGGGCAUUUGUUCAUCCCUUUCUCAACCUGGACCAGUUGUCUUAGGUGUUGACAAACAGGUGAAGAAGAAAACUGCAUCCAUUCAUACCACACCAAGCAACAAAACCUCUGUCAAGUCAUCCCCAGCAGAACCCGUUAAGAGGGGAAAUGAAAACUUAACUUUCUAUGAGCGUCACAGUGAAGAACUUAAACAAAAGAUUUUUUGUUACACAUGUGAAUGCACAGUAACAGGAAAGGAUAUUGUAACACACCUUUAUUUUGGUAAUUUGAAAUGUAAAGAUUGUCACGACGCUAUAUUUACUAAUUGUAAAUCUUUCCUUGCCAAAUAUGAUAAAACUGGAAUCUGUAAGAAGACUGAUAAGCCUCACAACUUUUCUGUUUGGAAGGAAAAUCCUGUUGUUUAUUUAGAGCAUAAUGUUAGGAAACAAUUGGCUAUAAAUAAGUAUUGCAGCAAAACAGGAAAUUGUUCCUUAGACAUUGACAGGAGGACACUCAUCAAAAAUUAUGUAAAGUCACUGCUUUUCUUAAAAGCAUUGAUCCCUUGGGGACACGCCCUUCGUCAAUUCCAGAAUUUAAUUGAUGAACAAAGAGAAGUAGUAACAUUGCCAUUUGAGAAUGUUGGUGUGCCUUUUAAGCAAAAAGAAAGUAGCUGUAGCAAAGACAACUGUUUUAAAGUUGGAGAACAGUGUGGUAAGGGAAUAACACCAGGAAAAUUCACACAAGUAUUGGAAAACAAUUCUAGAGGAGAGGGCAAUACUAAGAAGGUAAAUGGAUUUUAUAGUUUUCAAAGGAAAUGGAAGGAACCUCUUUCAAAAAACACUGAAGCUUUGCUUCAAGCAAAACUAAAUGGUUCCUCUGAACCGAUAAGGCUGAAAAAAGUAAAACAAAUGAAAGGACACAAUACUGUAGUUAGUAGUAAAGUAUUGGGCAAAAAGUUUUUGGCUGAAAUAGCACAAAAUAAAAACACUGCAUUGAAAUAUAAACAUGUGAAGAAGUCAUUAGAAUCAACAAAACAUUCCAGCAAUAUUGAAAAGGGUGUGACCAAAACAAACGUCCCUAUUAGCAAAAAGGAGGAUGCUUGUUUAGAUAAUAUUAAGGGACCAACGGUGAACAUGUCUGUGGAGAAAAAAAUACCAGAAACUUCUGAAAAAAUUAAAAUCAACAAACGAACCCUUAAAAAAAAAUGUGAAAGAACUGCUAAGCGCUUGAAGACCAGUCAUGGGGUGGUCUGUUUAUCACCAGAUAAGUUUAAACCCCCCAAGAAGUUUAAAAAUGAUAGGUACCUGGUUAUGAACUGUCAAAGUGAUGAAUGGCCAGAUGAGUGUCCCAAUUGUUACUCUGCCUUGCAUCUCUCCAUGGUGACUGUUAAUUGUACUACAUCUCUCGUGGACAUUGUUUGUCGUAGUUGCUCUCUCACUAUAUAUAUAUUAAUGGAUUCGAAAUUUCGUCAUAUUCUGAAAAAGAACUGUCGGCCUUUGACUAUUGGACCCAGUUAAUCUUUUUUUUUAGUUUACAUUGGAUAUAUUAUACUGUAUUUUAUAAAUUACCAGUACCUACUUUACCUAUGAAGAGGAAAGGGAACUCUUUUAGGUGGCUAACUGUACUUAUAAAGAGGGAAUGGAACUCUUUUAGGUGGCUGUAUUAUAACUACAGUAACUUAUUUCCUUUUUCUACUUACUACCUGCACCUGACUCUUGAGUUUUAGAGCACGAAUACGUCUCUUACUCUGUCACCAUGACCAGGUUCUGUUAUCACCACUUACGGAGCACGAGUACGUCUCUUACUCUGUCACCAUGACCAGGUUCUGUUAUCACCACUUACGGAGCACGAGUACGUCUCUUACUCUGUCACCAUGACCAGGUUCUGUUAUCACCACUUACGGAGCACGAGUACGUCUCUUACUCUGUCACCAUGACCAGGUUCUGUUAUCACCACUUACGGAGCACGAGUACGUCUCUUACUCUGUCACCAUGACCAGGUUCUGUUAUCACCACUUACGGAGCACGAGUACGUCUCUUACUCUGUCACCAUGACCAGGUUCUGUUAUCACCACUUACGGAGCACGAGUACGUCUCUUACUCUGUCACCAUGACCAGGUUCUUUUAUCACCACUUUCGGAGCACGAGUACGUCUCUUACUCUGUCACCAUGACCAGGUUCUGUUAUCACCACUUACGGAGCACGAGUACGUCUCUUACUCUGUCACCAUGACCAGGUUCUGUUAUCACCACUUACGGAGCACGAGUACGUCUCUUACUCUGUCACCAUGACCAGGUUCUGUUAUCACCACUUACGGAGCACGAGUACGUCUCUUACUCUGUCACCAUGACCAGGUUCUGUUAUCACCACUUAUGCCCUUUUUUCCCUGUAAUUUCUUCCUGAACUAAGACGGUAUCACCCACUUGUAAGUUUAUACUCUUACAAUGUCAUUUUUGUCUGGCCUGUGACUAAUGUUGGAAAAUACAGUAUUAUCGCUGUCACCUUUUCCAAAAUCAGGUUACUCGUAAAACCUUGUGAAUAAAUUUUAAUCUCAAUCUAUGGUCUCCGUUAACUUACUACCUGUAGGUCACAGUCAUUGCCAGGCUUCACAUAAUUGUCUCUUUCAUUUAAUAGUUUGUCAAUUUGAAGGAAAAAAUGAGGCGCUCCAAAAGAUAGAUUACUUUAUUAUCAUCAACUACUAACACAACAUCUCUUGACUAACUUACAAAGAGACUCAGUUCAAUCAUUGUCUCCCAUGGAUCAACUCUUGGUUUGUUAAAGGAGAUUCAUUUCUAUACUUUUGUCAAAUUACAGUAUGUUCCAACUUUUGAUCAUCUGUCUUGAGUUGUUUGUUAGUUACUACCGGCGAGUUCCUCCAUCAGAGUGCACUAGUCUUGGAAAACCUCUAGUUGUGAUUAAUCUCUUGGGUGUAAUGAGGGAACUUUUCGUGUCGACUCUCAGCCAGAUCGAGUUUAGUUUCCCUGCUUGUGAAACCGUAAAAAGUAAUUCCAAAGGCUCUCAGUUAUGUCCUGCGUUUGACACUAUCCUCAGUUUGAAAUGGUCCAGAUGAAACCACAGAUGUAUUAUAAGGAGGAGGUGGACGGUGGAAUUUUUGGUGCAGUACCCUACAAUUUUUUCAUCCCAUUUUCUACAAACAAAUUCUUCCCUUUGAUUUAAUUAUGCACACUUGUUACCCCAAAUUUGGAUUGUAACUAAACUAAAGUAACUUCAUGUUCAUCUUGCUCAAUAUUGUGGAGGUGGUGAAUGUGGAUUCUUGUAAUUUGACAAUCAGCAGGAAGAACUGAUUGAUUCUAGUUCCAGUUAUCCUUUAGACAGUUAGCUAAUCUCUGACCAACUAUAGAAAUACCAUUCUCAGUAGACUGUUGACAAAAUUUCUGCCCACCCUUUAAUAGACUUGCGUACCACCUUAAUCAACAUCCGUCCUGUGCCUCUCUCUGCUAAUUCAAGACAUGGUUCCUAGUAUCCUCCUCUGAAUGACUUUCCCCGGCAAGCUGUCAUUACUGUAACAGUGAUCUUCAUUAGUUUAUUAGGACUCUUGAAUCUCCUGGUAUAUAGACCCAUGGUAUACGAGUUUGUCAUGUAAAUAAACAGUGAAGCUUCUAUAUAACGGACUAGUACAUGGAGAGGAAAUUCCGUUAUGUGGAGGGUCUAUUGAUGUGGGAAUAACGGAUUACACAUGUAGAGAGGAGUCUAUUAUAUGGAGCUAAAGUACACCUCGUGAAUACACCUGAUAUAUCGGGGAAUUCUUUUAUCAUGUCACUAACUACCGGGUAAUUGGCCACAUCUCGGUAAGGUAUUCUCUGUCAAGUUGAGUCAGAAUUCAGCUCAUACGGAGAUGAUCUAGUCAGAUGAUAUAUGGUAGGGACUGACCAUUAGUCAUUGGAAUCUCUCUUAAAUCAGGCAAGGUAUCUUUUGGAAGCUCAAGAAUAACAAAACUGUUAAACUCAUGAGAGAACAAAUCUUGUGGUGGAAGCUAUCUGUACAGUGAAAACAGAUAAUGAUGAAAAAGCUCAGAAGACUUUAGAUAUUACAAUUCAGCUAAAGUAAAAGCAACUCUGGGAAUUUUCUUAUACAGUAGCAGUGUUAUAUCUAUUAUGUAUAUGUAUACUGUAGUCUUUUUAACUUGGAUGAAGACUUGUGUGAUGGUAUAAUUUUACCUGAAUACUGUAAAGAAGAGUUGUAAGAUGCUAAUACACUUUGGAUGAGUUACAUUAAUAUAUUCAGACAUACUGUAGUAGACAACUGUACAGUACUACACAUUGUUGAAAUAAGAUUACUUUACUUAGCCUUAAGUUUUCAGACCCAAUUUAUAUACUGUACGGUACAGUACAGUACUGUUUUUCUUGUAAUUUUUAUACCAAAAGACUAUGGCCAUUGGCCACCCAGUAAAUAACAUACCAUGCUGUAUAAGAAAGUAAAACCUACUGUACUGUAUAUCCAACGUUGUCUUUCAUGAAUGUAAUUAGGUUAAGUUUUUAUCAUCUUUUUUUAUGGGAUUCAUAACAUUGUAAAUACUGUGUAGUAGCAAUAUUUUCUUGUGCGGUUUCACACACACCUCAAAUGAUUUACAGGGAUUGUUGUAUUUAAUUAUAGUGGGGACUGGUUUAGUAGAGUAUACUGUGCAAGAUCUCUACACUGCUGCCUCUUAGAGAAGCUGGGGGCUAUAUAAUAUCUUCUGCUGGCAAUAUAACCAUAUGAUUAGGUGAUAUGUUUUCGGUGGUGGUGACCAGUACCCAUCAAUGUGUCCCUUGUUUGGCAUACUGUAUGUCAUCCCAUCUAGUCUGGGCUGGUCUAUUGAGAUUACUGUACGCUGGAAACUCGGUUGAUUAAUAACAUCCAAAAGAGAGCCACCAAACUGAUGCCCUGCACUUUAGCACCCCAGGUAUCAGCCCUGCACUGCAGCACCCCAGGUAUCAAUAGAGAUUAGAACACCUGUAGCUGCCUAGUAUCCCAGUUCCUGACUAAACUUUCAUCAGUAUCUUGUUAAAUUGUAACCUUACACCCCCACCCACCUCUCCUAGUUCAAAGGGAAAAAGUACCAUAGGUUGAAACAUAAGAAGUACUGUACUGUAUUGUGUAGCCUUCCAUUAAAUAAGGAAAUAUUACAGUACAGGAUGUUGCCUGGUUGCAAAAGGUUAAAACAUAGUCAUUCCCAUUGUACCAAAUACAAUACAAAGUGUGUGUGUGUGUGUGUGUGAGAAUUUUUAAACAAUUGAGGAAGUAUGCUGUUGUGUGUUUUUUUUUCAACAAUACAUUUUAUAUGCAGUACUGUAUUCUGAAAUCAUGUUGACAGUUCAGGGAUUUUUACUUCAAUAUGUUAUGUAGUAUAUCUGUAACAACUUUGAGUUUUUAAUUGUUUGUGGCACCUUAUUUGGAUCUUUAUAAAGCUCCUCCCCGACUUACGACCUGCCUCAGUCGUAUCAAAAUUGUGUCAAAUUACAUAUUUUCGAGUCCCAAUGUCAGUACACAGAAAAUUUUUGUUUGUAAUUCACUUUAAAAUGGCUGGCAAGCUUAAAAUUGAGAGUUUUGUGGUGUUGAGAAGAAAAAGAGACACCCAUUUAAGCAUUUUCGACUUACAGCCUGGAUUUGGGUCCCUAACCCAGUCUUAAGUUGGAGAAUAGCUGUAUAGUACUGCAUUGUAUUAUAAUCAGGAAUGUUACAAAGACAAAUUUAAAGUCUUGACAGCUAUAAAAUAAACACAAAGUGGAAAA